AUGGGGAAGUCAAAGAAGCACGGUAAACCAGCAAAAGGUGUAUUGAAGAGGGGAAACAAGAAUGACAAGUGCAAGCGCAAGGCUAAGUUCAUAGAUCCUGCAAGCAGCGUAAGUCGCGAUGUGCGUGAAAGCGUGGAGGCCCUCGUUGAAGAAAUCGAGCGCGAGGAGCUGGUGGUGGAGCCGCAGCCCCUUAUCAAGGCAAAGAAGAAGCGACAGGAGCUGGUCGAAAAGGAGAGCGUCCUCUUUAAAAGCGGCAUGACAAAGGAGCAGGGGCACACGAUCACCAACAAACUCCAGCAGCAGGGCACAACGCACCGUAGUGAGGGCGAGGGCGACGAAGAGAGCAACGACGGCGACGGCGGUGGCACUGAGGAAGACUACAGUGACACGGCAAACGAGCCCUCUCGUGAGUACCGCAAGGGCGGCUACCACCACGUAGUCAUUGGUGAAGUCUACAACAACCGCUACCGCGUCGUCAAGAAGCUAGGCUGGGGCUACUUCUCUACGGUGUGGCUGGUGUGGGACUACCACAAGGAGCGUUACCAGGCAAUGAAGAUUCAGAAAUCGGCGGCAAGCUACAGCGAGGCCGCCUACGAUGAGAUCAAACUGCUCACGGAGAUUAUGGAAGCAGACCCGCACAAGACUCGUUGUUGUGCUCGCUUGAACGACUACUUCAAGCACACGGGGCCGAACGGGACGCACGUUUGCAUGCUCUUUGACGUGUACGGCGAGAACUUGCUCUCCCUGAUGGAGCGCUACGAGUACCGCGGUAUUCCUCUACCCAUUGUCAAGUGCAUUGCGCGGCAGGUGCUCAUUGGGCUUGACCACAUCAACUCUAUUGACAUCAUCCACACAGACCUGAAGCCAGAGAAUGUACUCUUAUCCACCCCGAAGCACUCUAUAAUAUCGCUGAUGAAGCACUUUCACCCUCCUCCCCUGCAUCAGCGCCCAAAGCUUACGGAGCGCGACCCCAAGACCAUGACAAAGUCACAGCGAAGGCGCUACUACAAGAAGCUGGCAAAGGAGGAACGAAAGACGCUGCUGUGCGAGAAGGAUGGCGAGCAUACAUCUAGAGGCGACGAGCGCGGCACGAACGAGAACGGGGAUACGGAUUCAGAGUUGAGCAAGACGGAUCCGGAGUGGGAGGUCGAGCGUUUUCACCACGUCAUCCUCGCCGACUUUGGUAAUAGCUGCUGGACAUACAAACAAUUCACAGACGAGGUGCAGACACGGCAGUAUCGCUGCCCGGAGGUCAUUCUAGGCGAGUCGUACUCUACUUCAAUCGACAUUUGGUCUUGCGCCUGCAUGAUUUUCGAGCUCAUUACGGGUCAGUUCCUUUUCGACCCAAAGAAGGGCGAUGACUACUCGCGCGAUGAGGAUCACCUGGCUCUGAUGAGCGAGCUUCUCGGUGAUCUGCCGGAGAGCAUGCGACUGGGCGACGGCAAGUACCGAAGCCACUACUACAACUCCAAAGGAGUCUUGCGCAACAUUAAAGAUCUGCAGUACUGGAUCCUAGAGGAUGUACUGCAUCAGCGGCACAAGUUCACGAAAAAAAAGGCAAAGGAGAUCGCCGACUUCCUGCUACCCAUGCUCAAGUACUCCCCCGACACCCGCGCCACCCCCGCCGCGAUGCUGCGCGAUCACGACGCCUUCUUUGAUAUCCAGGAGGAUGACUACGCACCGCUGUGCUUUGUUGAUGAGGGGGGUGACGACGAAGAAGGCUCUGCUUCGGACGACGAAGAGGAAACUGACAGUGAUAGCUCUUUGGAUUCCUACUCGUCCUCCUAUUCCAGCGAACGGAAAGCGAAUCGCUCCCGGCAGCUGAACAACGGUGCCGACCGCUCUGAGGCCUUCCGGUACUGGGAGGAGCAUCCGAUUCUGAACCGCACCUACCUAGAGGAACGAGGGUUGACCAUUGCUGACGUUCAGUCAGUUCUCGCCGGGAACUUCUUAGACGACGCCGCAACCCAUAAGGCUGCCGCGGAGGUGAUUCGUCUGCUCUCAGAGGAGGCGGACCGUCUCUCGAGCGACCGUGGCAGCGCUGGAGAUGAGGCGGAUAAUGAGGACGAGGACGACAGCAGCGAUGAUGACAAGGAAUCCACGCAGGACUCUGAGAAGCCAGUUGAGGUGGCUGUGGGUGGCGUGGCUUGUAGCAACCAUGGCGUUGAAGAAGGCAAGGCGGACUCUACAGAUAAAGAAGAUGAAGAGAGUGACGACGGCACUGACUAG